CCUGUGCUUACCUACACCCAUUGUUGAUCGAUGAGCUGCAUUUAAUGCUUGCUGCCUUGAUGCCUCUACUUGACCACAUAGACUGUGCAAACAUUGGUGCUAACUUACCAGAUUGAGAUCGACAGAUUGUCAUGCAUAAACUGCGCCGUCCAUUUUUUUCAGGAAAAUCAUUGUGCAAGGGGAAAUUCCUUAAAAAUAUAGAUCUUAAUCAGGCAGUAGAAAAAUUAUGAGAAACUAUUCCCUUACACCUUGUCAGCAUCAGGUGUUAAUAUGACAAUAUUUAAUCAAAAGACAGGAAUUAUGGCCCUGGAUUAAAAUUUUGAACCAUAAUUUUUAUUAUGCUUUAAAUUUUGAAACUAUUUACCAGAUAUUUAAGCUCAGUUUAUCACUUUAGCUUAAUAUUCUGUUUCUGAGCACUCUGUGUUCUGUGAAUUGCUAUUUGGUUGUUUUAAUAUGGAAAUAAUAAUGAGGAAGUCUCACACAAGACUUUUGUCUUCACUCUUAAGAAAGUCAUGUAUGUGCCAUCAGUCAGUUGGCUGCUACAAAAGCACAUUGGUGCAGGCUCUUAAUAAAGCCUCUGCAUCUGCACCUUCUCCAUCUCACUCCACCAAGACAGCCAAGGUUCUUGAUGAGUUUGCUGUUGCAAUGAAAGAUGGAGACAAAGAAGUUAAUGUUGAUGGCCGACCUACAUUUGCAUAUUUCCUGAGUGAAGCCACCACUAAAUUGAUCUCUGAAGUUGGUGUUGGGAAACAUCCUGGCAGAAGAAAACUUGCCACAAUAUCCUUGCCAGAUGAACUUAUGAGUGCUAGAAGGUCCAUUAUCCAAGCUGCUGGGCAAUCAAAAGAUCUCCAUGAGGAGGCCUUGAAGUUGAAGAGAAAAAUUCGAGAGAGGCUUCUGCCUCUAGACUUCAGAGUCCAGGAAGAGAAACGGAAAGAAUUUCUUCGAGAAAUUGUAUCACAAGAGUCUGUAUGUCCCGAAGAUGAGGCUGUGCUGGAGGAAGACAGGAAGGCUCUUUUUGAAGGGAGAAAGAAGCGUUUGGAGGAGAAGAUACGAAACGAGAUAUACAAUUAUCAGCCUCUUGAUUUUUCAACUCCUGAAAGUGCGCUGCUGUACAUGAUGGCCCGUCUGACGCCAGACUUUGCUGCCCUCAUGAAGGUCUUCCACCAGCUGCGCUGCGCUCUGCCUACAUUCAUGCCUACCACCAUGCUAGACUUUGGCUCUGGUGUCGGUAGUGCCACCUGGGCGGUCGAUCAGACGUGGCCCAAGUCCUGCAAAGAAGUUGUGAACGUCGACCCCAGCAACGCCAUGCACGAGCUUCACGAUGUACUACUGCGCGGAGGCCUUGCCUCUCUUCCGCUGCCUCGGAGAAAAAAUUCGACAUCAUUCCGCCACUUCCUGCCCCUCACGGGCAGCCUGAAGCAUGACUUGGUCGUGUGCAGCCGCACGCUUUUCGAAAUUGGCAGUCGUGACAUGAGACUAAGGACGCUCGAUAUCUUAUGGAAGACAGUGAUGCCCGGGGGUUGUUUGGUGCUGGUGGAAGGUGGUCGUGCCUCUGGCUGCCACUUAACCCUCGAGGCCAGGGAUUUCCUCAUGCAAGGUCUUAAGGUCGACACUUCGUCUAGUCGACUGCGUGGCCGCAUCAUUGCUCCGUGUCCUCACCAGAACGCGUGCCCGCUCCUAGCCAAACAGCCCAAAUACCGCAUCUGCACCGACUCUCAGCUGUAUCAAGAAGUGGAGUAUCCAGACCCCCUUCUUGAAGUGUUCAGUUAUUUGAUCGUGCAAAAACCCAAAGAGCUUGAAACGCGGGAAGACACGCUCAUCACUUGGCCGCGAAUCAUACAGCCAGUCAUCAAAUCUGACUCCGUGAUCGUGAGAGUUUGUAAUAAGUUUGGUCACUUGCAGGAGCUCUGCGCCUCUAAAGGAAAGCACGGCACGCUGUGCCGGCAGGUGGCCAGGAAGUCCACUCUGGGCGACUUAUAUCCUGUCGAGCUGCUUCCACCGUCACAACACAUUAAUCCCGGGUAUAAUGCAAUUGAUCUUUGUCAUAAUAAAAAAGCACGAGACGAUGACAAGUUUUGAGGGUUAGUGAACAGAAUUUUUCAAAUUCAUAUAGGCAUGUUUGAACUUGGAAAUUUCAACGCUAUGCGUCAAAAAUGUUCCCGAUUGUUACUAUACCAUCAUUGUAUCGUAAAACUUCGUUCAAAUCAAUAAUGCAUAAAUAAUUGAAUAUGUGUAACUCGAAAAAAAUGUAUCCUUCUAUAUAAUACUUGAAUGUAGAUUUGUUUUGAAGCGAAGUAUUCAUACGCUUGUAAGAUUGAAGUAAAAUCAAAUAUAGAGCGGUUUUUAUUACCAACAGUG